CGCAACUAUCUCGGCGUCACAAAGUUUUGUUUUGACUAAUGAGAAGGAAAGGUAAGACGUAAUCUCUGAGGAAGAAACGCAGAGACGAAAAACACAGGGAGUUCAAAUAAAACUCAAUAAACGGCAUUGCCGGUAAUGGUUGAAUUUGAAUCAUAGAAAGAGGACUCUACCCUCAACCAAACAAAAAGUCCUCUAAUUAUAGCAAAGACUCUUCUCCACCAUCCAAUUCUCUCUCCCUCUUUCAAAAGCCAAACCCAUCUUCGUUUUACAGAUUCUCCACUAGUCUUCCUUUAAUUGAUAUCUUUCUUACAUUUUUAUAUUUAUCUCUCACUCUCUUUCUCUCUUUCUCCCUCUCUUUGUCUCCGUGUCUUCUCUUCUCUUCUUGCUUGCUUGCUUGCUUCUGCUUUUGUUAUAAUAAACUUGUACCCUUCUUCUUUCAUAACCCUCUUCACUGUAAAUAUAUACUUUCACAUUCUGAUAUCAUUGAGGUUUUAUUCAUCUGGGUGUCUUGGAGAAUCAAAAAAGCUAAGUCUUAAACAAUGCUAGGUGCAAGUUCAAUUAAUCAGGAAGGAGAAAUCAAAGUAAGUUUUGGAUAUCAUUGCAAUGGCCACAGUGGCUCUUGCAUGCUUGACGACGGCUAUGAAACCUUCAAGAACAAUAAACUCCACAGGAACAGUAGCUUCUCUUGCUUGUCUGGUGCUGCCAUAAGUGCUAAUGCCACAUUGGCCAAUACCAAUAUCUGUAAUGGUGUGAUAGGAGCAGAAAUACUCCCCAGUUGGGACUCCCCUAAUUCAUUCCGAAGAGUUCCCUCUUCACCAUCUCUUUCAAAGUUGGACAUAUUACCAUCUUCUCUUCAAAGUAGUAUGUCAUACUUAAGUUGCAGCCCAUCAUCUCCAAGUCCACCUGAAUAUGAUUCUUACUCAUUGAGAUCAGCUAGUGCUCCUUCUAGAAAUGAAGGCUUUCUUAAUGCCAUCGAAGUUCAAGUGGCAGGUGGAGCGGCUGGUGAAGACAGGGUUCAAGCUGUCUGUUCUGAAGAAAAUGGGUGGCUUUUUUGUGCAAUCUAUGAUGGUUUCAAUGGAAGAGAUGCAGCUGAUUUUCUGGCUGGGACUUUAUAUGAAAACAUCAUCUUUCACACUAAUUCGUUAGACUGGGAAUUGGGGCAGAAUGUUAUGAGAGCUUCAAAUGAUCUGUGCCUGGAUGGCCCCCUUCAAUAUCCUCUUCAUGCUGCUAACGGUAGUCCUUUGGAGAAAACUCCAUCAGGAAAUUAUAAUAAAAGGGAUUCAAAUAUUGAUAGUGUCACCAAGAACGAUGUAUGCACUAGACUGAAAAUUUCACCCGAUUCGUUCAGACAUGAAGUACUAGAUAGUCUCCAACGAGCUCUUACUCAGGCUGAGAAUGAUUUCUUGAACAUGGUGGAGCAAGAAAUGGAGGACCGCCCUGAUCUAGUUUCUGUAGGAUCUUGUGUCUUGGUUGUUCUUCUCCAUGGAUCGGAUUUAUAUACAAUGAAUUUGGGUGAUAGUAGGGCUGUACUGGCAACACACUCUAGAGACAAUACGAUGAAUGGAUACGAGCAACUACAAGCUGUCCAGCUCAGUGAUUGUCACACUGUUGACAAUGAACUUGAAAGAACUAGAAUACUGAGUGAGCAUCCUGAUGACCCUGCAACAGUUGUAGGUGGAAAAGUGAAAGGGAAACUGAAGGUCACCCGAGCUUUUGGAGUUGGUUACCUGAAAAAGGAAAAACUAAAUGAUGCACUGAUGGGUAUUCUUCGAGUUCGUAACCUCUUGAGCCCUCCGUAUAUUUCUACCCAACCAUCAAUGAAUGUGCACAAAAUCACAAAGUCCGAUCACUUUGUCAUAGUUGGAAGUGAUGGGCUAUUUGAUUUCUUCAGUAAUGAUGAAGCAGUGAGGCUUGUUAAUUCUUAUAUCUUGAACAACCCCUCUGGUGAUCCAGCAAAGUUUCUAUUAGAGCAGCUUGUAGCAAGAGCUGCAGAUUGUGCAGGUUUCAGCAUGGAAGAAUUGAUGAACAUACCAGCUGGUAGGAGGAGGAAAUAUCAUGAUGAUGUAACUGUGAUUGUGAUUGUUCUUGGAACAAAUCAGCGUACUUCGAAGGCUUCAAUGUAUGUGUAAGUUUUUAAGAAUUUGUAGUUAUACAUCCAUAGAUUUUUCAACUUGUAUAUAUCUAAAUUUCUAAUAUUAGAUGCUUGAUCUGUAUGAAAAGAUUAUCAUCAGCAAUUUUGGCGUGAAAUCAAAAUUAUCUCGACUGCCUUGUUAAAUAACUUCGCCUGUUGUUACAGUUCAUUUCUAUAGAACCAUUGGAGGUUUUUCUCUUUC